AUGCAUUUGAGCAAGGACAGCGGUGGCAUGAAUAGCAGACGCAGUGAAUCGACGGAAGAGAAGGAUGAGAAAGAAUGGGUUUUGCGGUCGAGAACAAGGAUUGAAACGCAGGCGCCGUUAUGUACGGUCGGUGGGAUUUGUGGAAGUGAACAGCCCAACAGGAGCAACGACGUGCUGAGCGUAACAUUUUUCUGUUGGAUUUUUCACUCUCGUCAAUAUUAUCGGGUCGGAAUUGGUUGUAGCUCGAAAAUGCUCGAACCUGUGCUUGUUGAGACCUUGAGGGAUGUCAGAGCUGCAUCGUCGUCGUCUCAUUUCGCUCUCACUCCAGAGGCAAACACCGUCUCAUCUUACAAGAGAGAAGAUAUGGCAACAGAAGAGGUGGUGGCCCCCGUCGCAACCGAGGUGGAAAAGGCCCAGUGCGGCAUUAUGCUGUUCAACCGGUGGCCCUACGAUGAAGUUCAGGUUAGUGACAUUUCUGUGGAAGAUUACAUAACUGCAACUGCAGCUAAGCAUCCAACAUAUAUGCCCCACACUGCUGGAAGGUACCAAGCAAAGCGAUUCCGGAAAGCUCAAUGCCCGAUAGUUGAGAGGCUGACCAACUCUCUCAUGAUGCACGGACGCAAUAAUGGGAAGAAGCUCAAGGCUGUUAGGAUUGUGAAGCAUGCUAUGGAGAUCAUCCAUCUGUUGACCGAUAUGAACCCCAUUCAAGUCAUUGUUGAUGCUGUUAUCAACAGUGGGCCAAGGGAGGAUGCAACCCGUAUUGGGUCAGCUGGAGUUGUGAGGAGGCAAGCCGUUGAUAUCUCUCCGCUUCGCCGUGUGAAUCAGGCUAUUUACCUGCUCACGACAGGUGCACGUGAGAGUGCUUUCAGAAACAUUAAAACCAUUGCUGAGUGUCUUGCUGAUGAGCUUAUCAAUGCCGCCAAAGGAUCUUCCAACAGUUAUGCUAUUAAGAAGAAGGAUGAGAUUGAGAGGGUUGCCAAGGCCAAUCGUUGAGAGUGGAAAAUUUCCCCCAAGUUGCCAGAAAAAUGUUGUUUUUGUGCCUGGAUGUUAUGUUUCAUUUUGAUUAAGGGAGCAUGAGAAUUUCUUGGUUGAUGUUAUCCACUAUGGAUGGGCAUAAAAUGUAUUUGUUGCAGAACCUGAAGAUUUUGAUUGUUUGAAUUUUGUGCUGCUUGUUGAGAAAUGAAAACUUGGAUUUGUGCCCUUAUUGCUGCCCAUUUCUUUUAGGU